GCGCAUUUGUGUUCGAGUGAACUCGGCGCGCUGUACGCACACGGAACCACAUCAGUCGUUCGCGGACUGCUCGAACUCCACGAGAACUGCAGAAAUAUAAACAUGCAUCAUUGAUAAAUAUGGAAUAAAAUCAGUGAAACGAUUACGAAAGUUGUAUUGAAUCCAUGAAAAUAAGAAUUAUUUUUUCAUCAAAUAUACUAUUUUGAAAAAAAAAUUCUUCCAUCAUAUAAUUACUUGGCGGAAUUUAUAACCACCAAAUAUCGUCAUAAUGUCUUCAAGUCAAAGUGAUUCUGAAUUUCCAGCUGGCAUAGAUCAUCAUAACAAAAAGUUCACCACCAUAAUUAUUUACCCAACGGUAACCCCAGAAAAGAUAAUCAUACCAAUGGUAUCGUGCAUUUUGGGUUUUCCAUUGUUGGCACUAAUGGUGAUAUGCUGUUUAAGACGUAGGGCAAAAUUAGCGAGAGACCGAGAUCGUCGAAGAAAUUUGGGAUUUGCUCGAGCAUGCACCAGUGAUCAAGGAGUGAUAUCUCUAGCAAGGUUUAGUCCAAUGCAUAAAAUCGGCGUAUACCUGGCGGCGGGAGCGAACGCCAGUGGCGGCGCGUUGCCGUCACCACUGUCGUCCGGCGGUCGGAACCACCCGCUGCGCAGUGAGAGCCGGUCGUAUGCGUCCUGCGACCUGGACCCCGUCAUGGAGGAACGGAGCGAGGUGGACAACAGCUGUGGCAGCGUCGCCGGCGGCGGACCCGUGGCCGUGGCCGGGACGGUGGCCGGCGAUAGCGGCGUAGUCAGCGGCGGAGCAGUCGAGGCGCUCGUGUGUCCGGACAGCUAGCAACACGUGCUGGCCAUCGCCAGGAUAUCGGUGGCCGUACAGACGGACAAGCCGCCGCCCAGACCGGUCAGGUCACCAUUGUGGAACACGCUCACCAACAACCCGCCGGACGAGGCAGUCAGCUGACAUCCGGCCCGGCCCGAACAGCUCAAGGCCAUUGCGAUCAUAGAACCUUGAUGGGCUCUCCGACAUAUCGACUAACAUUCACACCCUCCCCUCGAAUCCAUCCAUCAACCGAUACGUACAAACUGUACAAGCGUUUCCGCGGCGGUUUCGUGUAAACUUUAUUUUUUAUCGUCUUGUUUUAUCAUAGUGAUAACAUAAUAUAGGACACGAUGUAAAUAAUUUCAGACGAAAAUGCCAAGUAUUUCCAAGUGCUAUAGUGGUAUAAACUCGUAUCGCGUAUAAAAUACUCGUAUUAUAUAUCGUGAGAAACCGUUCAUUUACUAUCUGAAAUUAAGUUUGUAGGAUGUCCGGAAUUCAAUAUAAUUCGAUUGUGUUACGUUUAAUAAUUUACGAGCAGAGUCUGUAUUUUAUUAUUUGCUUUAAUUCGUACCGAUUUAACUUAGUACUAAUUUAACCAGUCAAACACUAAAUAACAUUAAAUUCGAAUAUUUUUCAUGGACAUUUUAGCAGCUCAAAUAAAUUAUUUUGCAGGUAUAAAUAAAUUAUUAAUAUAAAAAUUUAAAUAACUUUAAUAGUAUCUAGAAUUUUAUUAAAUUCCCAACAUUUAGUCUACGAUACAUACAAUAGUAUUCUUUUCUAAAUCACACUCGAGCUCUCUUCUAUCUCUACCUGUAUUUCUUUUAAAUGAAAAUCCACUACCCGCAGAAAAUUUCAAUUUCAGUCUGGCGGGCAUAAACUUUAGUAAAUAAACUUCUCAAACAAAUAACUUAGACCACGCCCACGUAUACAUUUAUAUAUAUGCAUACACUUAUGCGUGUAUGUAUGCAAAUACAAUAUACCUACCGAAGCUGUACACAACUUUAUUUCUACCCUCAACCACGUCUGUUUUUACACGUCGUCGUCAUCAUCUAGUGCUAUUAUAAUACUACUAUUCAUACAAAUAUUCAAACAUAUUUGCACACAUAUUUAUAAUUAGCUUUAAAUAUUUAUUGACCGGAUACUGGGAAAUCAUAUAUGUUUGUGUGACGGUAACGAAUCGAAUAAAUUCAAAAAUAAACUUCAAAAAACUACGUUAAACAAUCUCCAUCAGCUUAGACGAGCAAAUAAACUUAUUGCACCCUCUUUCAUUAUUAAGUGUCACAGAGCAGCUUUUGUGACUUGACAAAAUAGAUAUACAUAUAGUUUUGUUUUUAUUAGGUGUACAUUACAUUUAGUUUUGGGAUGUACUUUUCUUUGUGACUUAUAUGUAUGUAUUAGGCUAAGUAACUACACUAAAUAAUAAAUAAAUUCUUUAUUUACUGAA